AUGAAAAGUGAUAAAGCGCAUAGACAAACAGUGCACAUUUUAUUGUAAUCAACCACGAGUACAUCAUCGUCAUCGUCAUCGUCAUCGUCAACAUCAUCAUCAUCGACAAUGACAACACUAACACCUGCAGUUUGGAGAGCAACUGCAACUCUAAACACUGCACGAUAUCAGCACACUGUUACACUUUUAUCCAAUGGUGCAGUUUUAAUUGCAGGUGGAUCCAAUGGUAGCGUACCUCUUGAUGGUGCUGAAUUAUAUGACCCUUCGACUGACAGUUGGACGAUAACCGGAAGUAUGAAUUCCGCUCGAUUUGGUCACACUGCAACACUUCUAACCAAUGGGAAAGUAUUAGUGACUGGUGGAUAUGGUAGUGUGGGUAUAUUGUACAGUACUGAACUAUAUGAUCCAUCAACAGGCAUCUGGAAAACAACAGGAGAUAUGGACAGUGACCGAGACUAUCAUACAGCAUCGCUUUUACCCAAUGGGAAAAUAUUUGUUGUAGGCGGAUAUAGUUUUCUUGGUAUUUUCGGCAAUGCUGAAUUAUACGACCCAUCGAUGGGGACUUGGAAGAUAGUCGUGAGGUUCUAUACAAAUCUGUUCAAUCAUACGGCAACGGUUUUACCAGACGGUACAGUCUUAAUUGUGGGUGGAUAUAGUACUAAGAUUCUCAGUAGUGCUACCUUGUAUGAUCCAUCAACCAGCACUUUGACAACAAAAGCAAAUAUGAAUACAGCACGAAGCAAUCACACUGCAACUCUCUUAUCAAAUGGAAACGUGUUAGUUGUGGGUGGAAAGAGUAUUAGCACUUUUCUUAACACUGCUGAAUUAUAUAACCCAUCAACAGACACUUGGACGAUGAUAUCAAAUAUGAGCACGGCACGAUCAAGACAUUCUGCAUCAUUCUUACUAAAUGGAACCGUUUUGGUCGCUGGUGGACAGAACAAUGGAAGUUCUUGUGUUGACAGUGCUGAAUUGUAUAAUCCAAUAACAGGCAUUUGGACAAUGAUACCACGUAUGAAUACUGCUCGAGCAUAUCAUACUGCAUCAGUUUUACUCGAUGGAAGAGUUUUAGUGGCAGGCGGAUUGAAUAUUGGUACGAAUAAUGCUCUCAACACCGUCGAGUUUUAUUAG